AUCUGAAACCGAAAAGGUACACAAAGUUAUUCGCAUGUGCAAGGAUUCUACUAAUUGGUGGCGGCGCCCUGAACAUGAGGUAUAUGCCAAUGUCGAUCGAAAGGAAUUCUCCUGUAACUGCAAAAUGUUUGAGCAGAAGGGUAUAUUAUGCUGUCACGUACUGAGGGUCAUGUUUCAAUAUGGAAUAUCUGAGAUACCAGAUAGAUAUAUCCUGAAAAGGUGGACCAAGAAUGCAAGAGACUACAUACCAUCACAUCUUCAGGGGUACAAAGAUGACGAGGAUGCUGCGGCAUCUAGAACAUACAGGCAUUCUAUGCUUAGCAGGUUAUCAAUGGAGCUUGCAAGACGGGGGAAUAAGGAUGUAGAAACAUAUAGGAAAACCAUAGAUGCGAUGUCUCAACUAUUAGAUGAUCUAAAGAUUGGGGAAUCUUCACAAGACGAUGCCUCAGUAUGCGAGGCCCAAAUAGAUCAGGAUGGCAACAGCAAGGAGGUAAACAUACUCAGAAUAAUAAGAACGAUGUCGAUGUCAACUUGACAGAAACAGAUGAGGAAUUGGAGCUUGAGGUAACUGGUGAAGAGGGUGUAGGGCAUGGAUUGUUGACUCAAGAGGUGUUGCCUCCAGUAGCGAAGCGUAAAAGAGGAAGGCCAAGGGUGAAAAGGAUGAAGACAGGGGGCGAAGUGGCAAGCGUGCAAUAUGCACAUGACAAAAGAAAGGAAAGAAAUAUGAAGCUGGAUUCUGAUGUUCCGGUAGUAGGAUCAUCUUCUGAGGGCACACAGAACUUAGGAGACAACAUACCGCCUCGUCCAAGAUACUGCCACACAUGUGGCGAACGAGGUCAUUAUGCAAGCACGUGUGGAAAGGACUCCACAUAUAAGAGGAAGGACCAUUUUAAGGGAUAGA